AUGACAGAGCUGGCGUCCUCGGGGGGCGGGUCCCCUGCGGGGGACGGGGAGGAGGGCCUGGGGGACGAGCGAGGCCUGGUCAUCCACCACCCCGCGGAGGAGCAGCCGCACCGCUGCCCGCUGUGCGGCCAGACCUUCUCGCAGCAGCCCAGCCUGGUGCGGCACCAGAAGGCGCACGCGGGGGGCGGCCGCGCGGCCGCCUUCGUGUGCCCCGAGUGCGGCAAGGCCUUCAGCGUCAAGCACAACCUCGAGGUGCACCAGCGCACGCACACCGGCGAGCGGCCCUUCCCCUGCCCCGAGUGCGGCCGCUGCUUCAGCCUCAAGCAGAACCUGCUCACGCACCAGCGCAUCCACAGCGGCGAGAAGCCGCACCAGUGCGCGCAGUGCGGCCGCUGCUUCCGCGAGCCGCGCUUCCUGCUCAACCACCAGCGCACGCACGCGCGCAUGCCCGCGCCGCACCCGCGCCGGCCCGGCGUGUUCGGGGAGCGGCGGCCCUACUUCUGCGCCCGCUGCGGCAAGAGCUUCGCGCGCGAGGGCUCGCUCAAGACCCACCAGCGCAGCCACGGCCACGCGCCCGACGGCCCCGCGGCCCAUUUAGGCCGCGUGCUCUGA